AUGAGAAUUUCCAAGCUUCCCACCACUCCCUUCCCACUUCACAGCUUCAUGAUCAUGUUCCUGUUCCUGAACUUCCCGCUGCAAGCAAAUGGUUCAGGAAACAACAAUGAGACAGAUCGACUUGCGCUGCUGGAGUUCAAAAGUAGGAUCAGCAGUGAUCAAGAUGGAGCUCUGAAAUCUUGGAAUGAUUCAGUCCAUUUCUGCAACUGGUUUGGUGUUGCAUGUGAUCCUCUAGCUAGCCAGAGAGUCGUGUCCCUUGAUCUCCAUAGCCAAAAACUGGCGGGUACUCUGUCUCCACACGUUGCCAACCUCACUUCUCUUAGAUUCAUCAACCUCAUGGACAACAGUUUCCACGGUGAGGUUCCACAACGACUUGGAAACUUGCUUCAACUCGAGCACCUCAAUCUCAGCGGCAACUCAUUUGAAGGCGAGAUUCCAACCAACCUGACUCGUUGCUCCCGGCUGAAGUACUUGUUGAUGGAAGCGAAUAACUUUAGGGGGAGCAUCCCAAUGGAGAUUGGCUCGUUAUCGAAGCUCGAGUUCAUCAGAGUAGGAACCAACAAUCUAACAGGAUGGCUCCCGCCUUCCCUGGGGAACCUCUCGUUGCUCCUUAACUUCGGUGCUGCAUAUAAUAAUUUGACAGGAAGCAUUCCAGAAAGCACAGGCAUGCUAUCAAGGUUAACUUCAAUUACUCUUGGAAGCAAUCAGCUCUCUGGUUCAGUCCCUCUAUCCUUCUUCAAUAUCUCAUCCAUCAAAACCAUUGCAAUCCCUUGGAACCACUUGCGUGGUCGAUUGCCAGUGGACAUGGACCUCACCAUGCCCAAUCUCGUAAAUUUCGCCAUUUCCAAAAAUGAAUUCUUCGCAACUAUCCCUGAUUCAAUCUGCAAUGUCUCUCGGCUACAGAUGGUGAAUAUGAACCGAAAUGACUUUGUAGGGAAGGUUCCUACUUGUCUUGGGAAACUCAGAGGCCUUACUUCGCUAGACAUGGCUGAAAAUCGUCUUGGAAGCAAUUCAACAGACGACUUUGCAUUUCUGGAGUCAUUGAGCAAUUGCAGUCAGCUGCGGCGGGUGGGUAUUAGCAUCAACAAUUUUGGUGGCCCGUUACCAGAAUUUCUAGGGAACCUGUCAACCACGCUCACCGCACUAUAUAUUGGGGCCAAUCAAGUCACUGGAGUUAUCCCUGCAGGGUUGGUGAAUCUCUUCAACUUGACGGAUCUGGAGCUUUCCGGUAACUACAUGACAGGCACCAUCCCUCCUUAUUUUGGGCAGUUUUCUAAUCUACAGAGACUAUCAUUGAAUGGAAAUCAACUUUCAGGUCAGAUUCCAUCCUCUAUAGGCAAUCUCAGUCGGUUAUCUGAACUGUAUAUAUCGCAGAACCAACUCCAAGGCAACAUUCCACCCAGUAUUGGGAACUGUCUUCAACUGAGUACCUUGGAUAUUUCAGGAAACAGAAUUAUGGGAGCUGUACCUCCACAAUUAUUGAGCCUAUCUUCAUUGUCCAUAUUGUUGAACCUGUCAAACAACUUGCUCACAGGCAACCUGCCUGUAGAAAUUGGGAAUUUGGAAAAUUUGAAUAAGUUGGAUAUAUCUAAUAAUAAUUUGAAAGGCGAAAUUCCUAGCACCAUUGGCAGUUGCUCAAGUCUGGAAUACCUUUAUAUGCAGGGGAAUUCUUUUGAAGCAGUUAUUCCUUCAGCUUUAUCGUCUCUGAAAGGGCUUCAGGAAUUGGAUCUUUCACGAAACAACUUAGACGGAGAAAUCCCAAAAGAUCUGCUAGAAAUCCGAUUACAGUCUUUGAAUCUUUCUUUCAACAAUCUGAGAGGUGAAGUGCCAUCAAAGGGGAUCAUUCCCAAUGCAAGCUCUGUAUCAUUGGCAGGCAAUCCCAUGCUCUGUGGUGGUGUUCCCGAGUUUCGUUUGCCUAAAUGUCCAAAUAAAACCACAAAGAAUAGGAGACCUCCACAGUUGAAGCUAAUAGUCAUCACUGUUAGUACAUCUCUAUCUGCACUUCUAGUGGUAAUGAUAGGACUUCUACUAAAUUGCAAGAUGAGAAGAUCAAACAAGCACAUCCAUCGAGGAGAAGAUCCACCUGUGGACGAGUUUGUGAAGAUCUCCUACACAGACAUCCAUGACGCAACCAAUGGAUACAGCCAUGAAACUUUAAUCGGGUCUGGUGGUAUUGGCACAGUCUACAAAGGAAAACUGGAGCAAAUGAAAGCACCAGUAGCUAUUAAAGUGUUCAACCUGCAACAAAAGAAAGCGUAUAAGAGAUUAGCGGUGGAAUGCAAGAUAAUGCGAAAUGUCCGGCAUCGAAACCUCGUGAAGAUCCUAUCGUACUGCUCUAGCACAGACAACCAAGGAAAUGCAUUUGGAGCUCUAGUUUAUGAGUUUGUCGACAAUGGAAGCCUCGACAAGUGGCUGCAUUGCUGUAAUGAUAACAUCAAGACACCACACCAUCUCAGUCUUCUCCAAAGACUCAAUAUAGCAAUAGAUGUGGCAUCUGCAAUGCACUAUCUUCAUGAUCUUAGCGGAACGUCAAUCGUUCAUUGCAGUUUGAAGCCGAGCAAUGUGCUCCUAGACCAUGACAUGGUAGCUCAUGUGAGUGAUUUUGGUCUAGCGAGAAUCCUCUCACCAUCUCAAACAAACACAACAAGCACAAUUGGGCUAAAUGGGAUGGUAGGCUAUGCGGCACCAGAAUACGGGACGGCCUCCGCCGCAUCAAAGGAAGGGGACGCGUACAGCUAUGGAAUCCUGCUGCUGGAAACCCUAUCAGGGAAAAGACCAACAGAUGAAGUGUUCAAGGAUGGUGUGAAUAUACGAGACUCUGUCAAGGCCGCAUUGCCAUCCAAACUUCCGAUCUUCAUAGUCAUGUUCCUGAUCCUGAACUCCACACUGAAAGCAAAUGGUUCAGGCAACAAUGAGACGGAUCGACUUGCACUGCUGGCAUUCAAAAGUAAGAUCAGCAGUGAUCCAGAUGGAGCCCUGAAAUCAUGGAAUGAUUCCGACCAUUUCUGCAACUGGUUUGGUGUUGCAUGUGAUCCGCUUAUUAGCCAGCGAGUAAUGUCCCUUGAUCUACAUGGCCAAAAUCUGGUGGGUACACUGUCUCCACACGUCGCAAACAUCACUUCUCUUAGAUACAUCAACCUCAUGGACAACAGUUUCCAUGGUGAGAUUCCACAACUACUUGGAAACUUGCUUCAACUCCAGCACCUCAAUCUCAGCGGCAACUCGUUUGAAGGCGAGAUUCCAACCAACCUGACUUGUUGCUCCCGGCUGAAGUACUUGUUGAUGGAAGGGAAUAACUUUAGAGGGAGCAUCCCGAUGGAGAUUGGUUCGUUAUCAAAGCUUGAGUUUAUCAGAGUUGGAACCAACAAUCUAACAGGAUGGCUCCCGCCUUCCUUGGGGAACCUCUCGUUGCUCCUUAACUUCGGUGCUGCAUAUAAUAACUUGACAGGAAGCAUUCCAGAAAGCAUAGGCAUGCUAUCAAGGUUAACUUCAAUUACUCUUGGAAGCAAUCAGCUAUCUGGUUCAGUCCCUCUAUCAUUCUUUAAUAUCUCAUCCAUCAAAAACAUUGCAAUUCCUUGGAACCACUUGCGUGGUCGAUUGCCAGUGGACAUGGACCUCACCAUGCCCAAUCUCGUAAAUUUCGCCAUUUCCAAAAAUGAAUUCUUCGCAACUAUCCCUGAUUCAAUCUGUAAUGUCUCUCGGUUACAGAAGGUGAACAUGAACCGAAAUGACUUUGUAGGGAAGGUUCCUACUUGUCUUGGGAAACUUAGAGGUCUUACUUCGCUAGACAUUGCUGAAAAUAGUCUUGGAAGCAAUUCAACGGGUGACUUUGCAUUUCUGGAGUCAUUGAGCAAUUGCAGUCAGCUGCGGCGGGUGGGUAUUAGCAGCAACAAGUUUGGUGGCCCGUUACCAGAAUUUCUGGGGAACCUGUCAACCACACUCACCGGUCUGUAUGUUGGGGCCAAUCAAGUAACUGGAGUUAUCCCUGCAGAGUUGGUGAAUCUCUUCAACUUGAUGGAUCUGGAGCUUUCCAGUAACUACAUGACAGGCACCAUCCCUCCUUAUAUUGCAGGCCUUGUACUAAAUUGCAAGAUGAGAAGAUCAACCAAGCAUAUCCAUCAAGGAGAAGAUCCAUUGGCGGACGACUUUGUGAAGAUUUCAUACACAGACAUCCAUAAUGCAACCAAUGGAUACAGCCAUGAAGCUUUGAUCGGGUCUGGUGGUAUUGGCACGGUAUACAAAGGUAAACUGGAGCAAAUGAAAGCGCCGAUAGCUAUUAAAGUAAUCAAACUGCAGCAAAAGGAAGCAUAUAAGAGAUUAGUGGUGGAAUGCAAGAUAAUGCGAUAUGUCCGGCAUCGAAACCUCGUGAAGAUCCUAUCGUACUGUUCUAGCACAGACGAUCAAGGAAACGCAUUUGGAGCUCUAGUUUAUGAGUUUGUGGACAAUGGGAGCCUCGACAAGUGGCUGCAUUGCAGUAAUGAUAACAUCAAGACACCACACCAUCUCAGUCUUCUCCAAAGACUCAAUAUAGCAAUAGAUGUGGCAUCUGCAAUGCACUAUCUUCAUGAUCUUAGCGGGACGUCAAUCGUUCAUUGCAGUUUGAAGCCGAGCAACGUGCUCCUAGACCAUGACAUGGUAGCUCAUGUGAGUGAUUUUGGUCUAGCGAGAAUCCUCUCACCAUCUCAAACAAACACAACAAGCACAAUUGGGCUAAACGGGAUGGUAGGCUAUGCGGCACCAGAAUACGGGACGGCCUCAGCCGCAUCGAAGGCAGGGGAUGUGUACAGCUAUGGAAUCCUGCUGCUGGAAAUCCUAUCAGGGAAAAGACCAACAGACGAAAUGUUCAAGGAGGGUAUGAAUAUACGCGACUCUGUCAAGGCCGCUUGGCCAUCCAACCUUAUAAUGUUGAUAGAUCCAUCAAUGCUGAUACCUGGAAACACUGAGGGAAUUGACAAGAAGGUGGAAGAGUGUUUGAUUUCCUUGCUUGAACUGGGAGUGAAGUGCUCAGCUGAAUCGCCGAGCGAAAGGAUGAAAAUGGCGGAAGUUACCAGGAAGCUCCACACUAUCAGAGGUACCUUUCUAGCAAACUUUGAAUGCCCAGAGAAGGCGGGUGGACGGCUGGGCGUCGAAGCAUGUUAA